AUGGGCGCUGUCCUUUUAUGCGACGGACUCCAGGAGGUAGGAGGAAGACAGCAAACUCUAGAAAAAUUAUUUUGUGCCUACAGCCUCCCAAUUCUCAUUGCGAUUCGCCAAAUACGUCUGUUACAAGCUGUAGGGCUGAUGAAAGCGACGUCAGAGGAUACAGAGAUUUCUGAAGAACUGCCAACGCAUCUCGAUGGAGAUACAGUGGCUGGACACUAUCAUAGCUUUGAUUAA